CUGGCGGGAAACCUGGUGCCAGGCUCGUCAGCUGUGGGAGCGCGGCCUCGGAGCGUAGCCCACCGAGCGCGGCCCACCGAGUGCGGCCCGGGACCCUCGUGCGUCGGAGCAGCGGGCUCUUCCCGGUAACCCCGUGACGCGGGCAGCGCGCUGCGAGAGGGUCUGUGUGGCGGCAGAGCAGCCAGAAGCGGGCGCGGCGUGACCCCGAGUGUGUCGCGGAGGUCCUCUGCGCGCCAUGUCGUCCCCGGCGUCGACCCCCAGUCGCCGCGGCAGCCGCCGCAGGGCCACCCCCACGCAGACGCCCCGGAGCGAGGAUGCCAGGUCGCCCCCGUCGCAGAGACGCAGGGGCGAGGACUCGACCUCCACCGGGGAGCUGCAGCCCCUGCCCACGUCGCCCGGAGCCGACCUGCAGAGCCGGACCGCCCCGGACGCGCUGUUCCUCCAGCCCGCCGCCCAUGCGGCUGCAGCUAUUCCCCUUGACUUUGACGUUAGUUCACCACUGACAUAUGGCACCCCCAGCUCUCGAGUGGAGGGAACCCCAAGGAGUGGUGUGAGGGGCACACCCCUGAGGCAGAGGCCCGACCUGGGGUCUGCUCGGAAGGGACUGCAGGUGGAUUUGCAUUCCGAUGGGCCAGCAGCAGAAGAUGUAGUAGCAAGUGAGCAGUCUCUAGGCCAAAAACUUGUGAUUUGGGGAACAGAUGUAAAUGUGGCAACAUGCAAAGAAAAUUUUCAGAGAUUUCUUCAGCGUUUUAUUGACCCUCUGGCUAAAGAAGAAGAAAAUGUUGGUAUUGAUAUUACUGAACCUCUGUACAUGCAACGACUUGGGGAGAUUAAUGUUAUUGGGGAGCCAUUUUUAAAUGUAAACUGUGAACACAUAAAAUCAUUUGACAAAAAUCUAUACAGACAGCUCAUCUGCUACCCACAGGAGGUUAUCCCAACUUUUGAUAUGGCUGUCAAUGAGAUCUUUUUUGACCGUUUUCCUGACUCAAUCUUAGAACAUCAGAUUCAAGUAAGACCAUUCAAUGCAUUGAAGACUAAAAAUAUGAGGAACCUGAAUCCAGAAGACAUCGACCAACUCAUCGCCAUCAGUGGCAUGGUAAUCAGAACAUCCCAGCUCAUUCCAGAGAUGCAGGAGGCCUUCUUCCAGUGUCAGGUGUGCGCCCACACAGCCCAGGUGGAGAUGGACCGCGGCCGCAUCGCCGAGCCCUGUGUAUGUGAGCACUGCCACACCACCCACAGCAUGGCACUGAUCCACAACCGCUCUGUGUUUUCCGACAAGCAGAUGAUCAAGCUUCAAGAGUCUCCCGAAGACAUGCCUGCAGGCCAGACUCCUCACACUGUCAUCCUUUUUGCUCACAAUGAUCUUGUUGACAAGGUUCAACCUGGGGACAGAGUGAACGUUACAGGCAUCUAUCGAGCUGUGCCUAUUCGAGUCAAUCCAAGAGUGAGUAAUGUGAAGUCUGUCUACAAAACCCACAUUGAUGUCAUUCAUUAUCGAAAAACUGAUGCAAAACGUCUGCAUGGCCUUGAUGAAGAAGCAGAGCAGAAACUUUUUUCAGAAAAGCGUGUGGAAUUGCUUAAGGAACUUUCCAGAAAACCAGACAUUUAUGAGAGACUUGCUUCAGCCUUGGCACCAAGCAUUUAUGAACAUGAAGAUAUAAAGAAGGGGAUCUUGCUUCAGCUCUUUGGUGGAACAAGAAAGGAUUUUAGUCACACAGGAAGGGGCAAAUUUCGUGCUGAGAUCAACAUUCUCCUGUGCGGUGAUCCUGGAACCAGCAAGUCCCAGCUACUGCAGUAUGUGUACAACCUGGUCCCCAGGGGCCAGUACACAUCUGGAAAGGGUUCCAGUGCUGUCGGUCUCACUGCAUACGUAAUGAAAGACCCCGAGACAAGGCAGCUUGUGCUGCAGACUGGUGCCCUUGUCCUCAGUGAUAACGGUAUCUGCUGUAUUGAUGAGUUUGACAAGAUGAAUGAAAGUACAAGAUCAGUAUUGCAUGAAGUCAUGGAACAGCAGACCCUUUCCAUUGCCAAGGCUGGGAUCAUUUGUCAGCUUAAUGCACGCACUUCUAUCCUGGCAGCAGCAAAUCCUAUUGAGUCUCAAUGGAAUCCUAAAAAAACUACCAUUGAAAAUAUCCAGCUACCUCACACGUUAUUAUCAAGGUUUGAUUUGAUCUUCCUCAUGCUGGACCCUCAGGAUGAAGCCUACGACAGGCGUCUGGCUCACCACCUUGUCGCUCUCUACUACCAGAGCGAGGAGCAAAUGGAGGAGGAGUUCAUGGACAUGGCAGUGCUAAAGGAUUACAUUGCUUACGCUCACAGCAUGGUCAUGCCUCGGCUGAGCCAGGAAGCCAGCCAAGCUCUCAUCGAGGCUUAUGUAGACAUGAGGAAGAUUGGGAGUAGCCGAGGAAUGGUCUCUGCAUACCCUCGACAGCUGGAAUCUUUGAUUCGCUUAGCAGAAGCCCAUGCUAAAGUACGGUUUUCAAACAAAGUUGAAGCAAUUGAUGUGGAAGAGGCAAAGCGCCUGCAUCGCGAGGCUCUAAAGCAGUCUGCCACUGACCCCCGGACCGGCAUUGUGGACAUAUCUAUUCUUACUACAGGAAUGAGUGCCACUUCUCGUAAACGGAAAGAAGAGUUAGCUGAAGCAUUGAGAAAACUUAUUUUAUCUAAAGGGAAAACACCAGCUCUAAAAUACCAGCAACUUUUUGAAGAUAUUCGAGGACAAUCUGACAUAGCAAUUACCAAAGAUAUGUUUGAAGAAGCAUUGCGUGCCUUGGCUGAUGAUGACUUCUUGACAGUAACUGGAAAAACUGUUCGCUUGCUCUGAAGUCUUUGUGAGCAGUGCUGUGUGUUCUGCUUGUCUGCACUUGCUUGCAUAUGUGUGUGGCAUAUGGGCCAGUCAACUGCCACUGCUGCCAUUACUGCAAAUAGACUCUUAAAGUCAU